ACGUGACCUUUUGAUGCCGGAAGAGCGUGACCUAAAUGAAAUGUCCUCUUUCUGGGUUUAUUUCUUUGAUGAAAUUCACAGUUGAACGUCUUUUGUGAUCAUUUUCAAUCCGCUAAAAACAACAAGAGGUCGGUUUGCAGGUUUUUAGCUCCCCAAAGUAGCUGAGGAAGUGCCGACGUGUUUGGUUUUGCCUGUAACAUACAGUGUGAGUCAUGUAUGAAGUGGAGAUCAGAGGCAUGGCAUCAGCUCAUGCCCUUCUCGCCGGCUCUGUGUUGGUGGGAAGCCUGAUGCCUGCAUUCACUGUGGAUAACUUCUCCGUGUAUGGGACACACUUGGUGUGGCUCUUUUCCGUUUCUGGUUGUGUUGCCUUAGUCAGCAUUGCUGUGUUUUGGCUUCUUGGUGUCAGUCCACCAACAAAGAAAAACACAUUGAGCUAUAAGUUGUCUCGACUGGUUCGAUCUGGUGUGUAUUUUCUGCUGUCUUGCCUCUUCUUCCACAUCGUGGUUGUUCUGUAUGGGGCACCUCUGUUAGAAUCAGCUCUGGAGACAUUUUCCCUGGCUGUACUUCUCUCCACUCUUACCACACUAAGGUGUUUGUGUAUGCUUGGUCCAAACGUUCAGGCAUGGAUCCGGGUCUUCAGUAGAGAUGGGGCAAUGUCUGUGUGGGACACUUCACUUCAGAUUACUACUGGCUGCAGUGUAGUUGGAGCCUGGCUGGGAGCUUUCCCUAUUCCUCUUGACUGGGACCGACCCUGGCAGGUGUGGCCCAUUUCGUGUUCCCUUGGGGCUACAGGAGGAUUUCUGACAGGACUGCUCGCUGCUCCGAUCUGGAUCCGCUGGCAUCGCAAGCAGCUCACCUACAAACUCAAAUGAAGUACAGGAACUGACAGGCCACAUUCUGGAUGAGCGUCCAAGGGCUGCCUUAUAAAUCAUUACAUUACAAGUUCCUCAUUUUUGCACCAGUUCCUUUACAAGUUGUAACUUCUGAGGUCAAAUGCAGCAAGAGAAAGUUGUUUUUUUUCCUCAGGUUUUAAAUGAUUUGUUCCUUCAAUAGUUCAAUAGGCUUUAUACAGGGAUGCUUGAUCAUUUGGGUCUCACCUUUUUUUUGUAAAUAAAGGCUGUAAAAACCCAGACUGGAAAAAGAGAAAUGUUUUGUAAAAGGCAUUCAUUUAGCAACCCCAGUGUUGCCAGAUGCAGGUUCCCUUUUUUCUGACACAAAGUCUUGCUUCUGUAAAUGUUUGGUUGUGCUCUUUAGUCUGUCUUUUUUCCACUAGACCACACAUGCCUACAGAAGCAAAACUGGAAAUACAGUCAAACUGUUCUUAAUCAUCAAGAUUGUUGUAGUGUGCCAUUCAUUUUCUGUGCUUGUGUUACAUGCUUGGGUGUCGCCUCGUUCACGUUUAGUGUCCUUGUUGGUCACUUGUUUGACCGCUGAAUGAUUUUUGUCAUUAUUUUCAUUUAUUCACGCCUUCUAUCCAGAGCAACAUUGGUUCCUGUUUCUAGACAGUAAAAGAUUUCAUACCUGUGGGUUU